UAUUAUGGCUAUAUUUUCUCAGUAAAUAUAUUUCACUAGUUCUAUUAAAUUAUUACAAAUUGUAACUUAAUAUCUAGUAAUCAAUAAUUUUUACUUAUAGAUAUAGAGAAAUUACUAACCUAAAUUUAGUGCGUGACAGACACAGGCAAACCAAAAGGAUUUUGUUUUAUAUGCUAUGAAGACCAAAGAAGUACAGUAUUAAUAGUUGUUAACUUCAACGGUACCCGUGUUCUAGAUCGUAUACGUGUUGAUUACGUAAAAAUAAAAAAAUUUGAUUAAUGCAUUUUACACAAAAAUAUAAUUAUUUUUAAUAGUUAUAUUGUUAUAGUAAAUUUUGCAUGAUUUAUGGAAUUAUUGUUCAAUGUUCAUUGUUCAUUUGGUUCAUUUUACGGAGAAUAGAUUCUUAUUUCCUAUUACCAUUUUCCACUAAUACUACACAAAUUGAAUAGUUAACCAACCAUGAUUCUUGAGGUUAUGUUGUAAUCAUAGAUACUGUGGUUACUUGUAGUGAUAAAUACGUAUUGAUAAGAAAUCAAUUGUUAAUUUGUGUUUUAAUUUUUAAAUUUUCUGAAUUUCUCUUUAAUUGUGUAUUUGUGUGUUUAAUCGCUUAAUCUCUUCCGUUCCAAAAGCCAGAAAUCAACCUUUAAAACCGAUUAAAAACAAAAUGAAUCCUUUAACGUAAGUAAAAUUGGUAAAUAAUUUUUUCAUUCUUUUUAUUAUUGUAGUUGUAGAUCAGAAUACUCCUAUGGUACCUCUACCUUUUACAAGAGGUGAAAAAAAAGAUAAUGUUUAACAUAGAAUAAAGAAUGGUUAGAUAAAGUAGAAUGAAGCAUCAUGUGACCAGAAAAUUUAAUUAGACUUCAAGGUAAAUUCUAUUGGAGUGAGAUAAGAAAGAUUGUUGUAUAGUUUGGAGUGUGGGGUUGAGAAUGGUUGAAUCAGAAAUGAAAAUGGUUAUGUGGAUGAGUGGAGUGAUGAAAAAAUAUAGAAUACAGAACGAGUGCAUAAGAGGUAGCAUAGACGUAUCUUCGAUAGUGAACAAAUGAGAGAAAAAAUAUGGUGAUGGGAAUAAAUGUAUUAGGAAAAAGUGGAAGAGGCCUGAAAAAAAGUUGGUUGGGUGGGUUUAAUAAUGAUAUGAGGACACUCAAGGAUAGCCAGUGCAUGUGAGAUAUAGAAGUGGUCAAGUGAAAGUUAUAAACGAGGAUGGCUGACCUUAAAUAACUGGGAUUAAGACAUUAAGAUUUUUUAAAUACUAUUUUUAAUUAUCCCUAAAUAGUAAAAAAAUUACCUUUAUUUAAAAUAAUAUGUUUUACUAAAAAUUUGAAUACUAUGUAAAUUAUUACAUAAGUACCUACAACAAAGAAUAGAAGAUUCAAAAUUAUACAUUUGAUGUACAAAAUGUAUAUUUCCUCUUUUUAUAAAAAGUACCUAAAUGUAUUGAAGAUUUAUUUAUUCUGCUUUUGCAUAUUUAUUUUUUUUUUAUUUAUUUAUUAAAAAUUAUUUUCUAUUAACCAGUUUUUAAUGAUAGUAAUAUCAUUUUGUAUAUUAAGAAAGAUAUUGUUCCAGGAGUUUCUAGUCACUAUUAAGGCUGUAUCGUUGAGCUAGUUAUUAAAAAUAAGUAAUAAUGAUUUUAAGAGAAUGGAUGAGUUAAUUUUAAUAAUUUCUAUCAUAAUGUCAUGCCCAGGUGCUGAACCUUUUUUUAGGGUCCGAAUUGCUUCUAGGACAGCUGUGUUAUUAAAUAUAUUAAAAUUACUGAAUCAAUGGAACAUUUUUUCUGUUGGUUUAGACGUUUUAUUUUUGUUCAGUAUUUUUUUAAAUUUUUUAUCCUGUUUGACAUGGUAAGCAUUACAUUAAUAAAAUAGUUAUUGUAGGUCUUCACAAUUUCUUCGGGUUCUUUGUUAACGGACAAAACAGUUCCCUUGUCAUGUAUGAUAGAGGAGACUUGAUUGAUUUGAUUGGAAUGGUUAAUAGCUUUGUCAAUUAAUUUUCAGCAUCGUGUAAUAUUUCCUGCUUUCAAUAUUUCUGUCUGAUAGUAGAAAAGUUUUGUUUUUUUAAUGGUUUGUGUUAAAGUAUUUAUAAAAUGUUUGUUUUUUUGGAUCAGAUUAGUAUUAUUAGAGUGUUUCAUUAAUUGAUGACAAUUAUUUGGAUAAUAAUUACAAAAUACAAUUAUGUAGAUUUUUAAAUCUACCACUAGUCUUAGAUUUGUUUUUCGUUUGCAUUGAUUUAGCAUUAGGUAUAGUACAUAGGUAUAGUAUAUCAUAAACUAAAUAACUCAAUCUUUUCAACUAUUUUUUAUUUUUUUUUUUUUUAAAUCAAAACAUGUUAAAAUUUGAUUUUUGUUUUAUAAUAAUAAAAAAAACAAACACUUCAAAAUGUAAUCCUGUGUUUAAUAAUCUAAAGUAUUUUCUGAUAAAUAGGUAUGUCAAAUGAAGGGGAAUCCUUAACUUGUAUUGUUUCAUUUCAUGUGAAAUACUUUUUUCUGAUUGGCUCAUAUUAUCAUGAUAGAUACAUUUUAUUUAAUUUGUUAGUAAGAAAGCCGUUGUUUGGUUUUUCGUAGAUAUAGUUUUCUUAACAAUUAUGAAAAACAUAUAGUUAACACGGCGAAAUAUACAGACUUUAGUUUUUUUGUUUUUAUUUUGUUAAAACUCAUUGUAGAGACCAGUAGUUUUCACAAAAUGCUUAUAUUAACCUUUUUUAGACUGUACAAUUUUUCAAAAUAUUCUAACAAUUUUUUGCUAUUUAUAAGUAUUUGAUACUUACAUGUUUUAUAUGUAUUUAUAUUUGGUAGGUAUUUGUUAUUAUAAUUAUAUGGCCUAAAAAUUGCUUGAAAAUUUAACACAAGAUACAUAAUAAAUUAAAAUUAAUGGACUAAAAAACAAAUUUGAGUUUAAUGCAUUAGUUUUUAAUUUUUAGAGUGUUUGAAGAAUUUAUUGAUUGGUUUUAUUAAAAAGAUGUUUUUCUUUUUUUAUACUGUGUACAAAAAUUCUACUAGAAAUGUUCCUCUGAUAUAUACAAUAUAGACUUUUUUUAAAAGGAAAUUUUUUUGGGAAGGUACUUUUCAAAUUUCCCAUGAGUUUUUUCAACAAAUAGGAAAAACGGGAAAUUGUAUGAAAUAUAUAUAUUUAUCAACUUUUUCUGUAGAUAACUUUUCUACCAGAAAUUUUGUUCAGAUUCAUAAUGAGAGUACUUUUUCUAAAAGGAAAUUUGACUUGGGAGGUAAUUUUUCGAUUUUUCAAAGAGUUUUCCCUUUAAAUGUAAAAAACUGAAAAAACUGAAAAAAAAAUGGGAAAAUCAGUACUAUAUAUAAGAAAGUAAAAUAUAUAAAUAAAUAAAUAGUAUAAAAGAGAAUAUAUAAUGCUUAUUUAAUUAUUUUACCAUAAUAUGAUUUAAUAUUGUUGACAAAGCAUAACUAUUAAUUGAACUCAGCUCAGAAUCGUUUUUAGUAAGCAAUGGUUGGUAACUAAUGGUUAUAAGUAUCGUUACUUACAGAUGAAAAUUAAUUUUUCCUUUAUAUCCUACCUUCUAUACUUCUCACCAACAAUAGUGGUCGCACCCAUCCUCAAUAUCUUAGGAAACAGCUCUUUUUAACAUCAAAUUUGACAAAAAAAUAACAGCAUUUUAAAAUAUUUCUGAAAUAUAACUUUGCUCCUCUACCUUUGUUUAUAGAUAUAAAUUAAAUAACUUUAUCUAUCCUAUCCUGCUAAUAUCCAACCUACUACAGUGACUACAGCCAUGUCCAUUUUCCCCAGUAUCAGUUUAUUUGUUGUCAUUACUGGCACCAUGGAGUUCUGUGUGUUUGCAAAUGACACAUUUGUGAAAAUCAAUGAAUCGGAAGUAUAAAAACAGCACAUGUAUAGUUGAACUAAAACUAAUAAAAUAGUAUAGCUUUGCUCAAAAUCUUGGCCUAAUAAUGGGUAUUAAUUAUAGAUGUAUUUGUAAAAACAAACUGUUUUAAUAUUACUGAUUCAUAGUUUUUCACAAAUGCGUCGUACGCAAACACAAGGUGAAUAACGCUACAGUGCGCCAUAGUAUAGAUUAAGUAUACUAAUAUAGGUACUUAAUAUAUUUAAUCCCUAACCAUAAUGACAAAGACAACCAAACGGCAUUAUCUGACAGAUUGAAUGAACUUAUCUAGACCUUCCUACGCUCAUUGAAAAAAAAUUGUUUAUUUUUGGCCUACUUUGUACAAAAUUUCUACCAGAAAUAUUGCUUCAAUUUUUAAGUGAAGCACUUUUUCUAAGAAGAAAUUUUAUUUAAGUGAUAGGUAUUAUAAGGACCUUAAUUUUCAACUAUUUGGUUUAUUACAUUCCACAACACUAAAAAAAGAUUUAUGAUCCACUUUUUUAACCUCUAAAGAAUCAAUAUUCUUAUGAAAUUGUUCACACAUAUUGAUUAAAUUUAUUAUUAAUAAUUAUUAGGAUUAACAAUACAGUACGUACACACAAACUAACAACUCUCCACUGAAAAUGUGUAGUUCAGUUUAUUUUGUUAUAACAUAAAAUAAGAUAUACCUAAUAAAGAUUAGAUUAGAUAAAAUAAAUUAUUCAAUUUUAUGAACGAAAAAUCGAUAAUCAGCUUAGAAAAUACAGAUAAAUUUUACUAAACAUAUCAGCCAGUAUCUGAAGUAUACACCAAUUAUCCACAAUGACUGGUUUGCAUUGCCAAUAAUGACAUCGCUUACUCAAUACCUAGAUUUACUAAAUUUCUGACAUAUAUAUGUAUAUUUAAAUUUUAAAGUAUGUAUCUAAUAUCUGAGUAUUUUAUUUUUACAGAAAUAUGAGAAAUGUGAAAAAAUUGAGUGAACAAGAAUUACUUAAUCUUCCUAAAAGUUCAUGGCAUGAUGAAUAUAAAUCAAGUGCAUGGGUAUUUGUUGGUGGUUUACCUUAUGACUUAUCUGAAGGAGAUAUUAUGGCUAUAUUUUCUCAGUAAAUAUAUUUCACUAGUUCUAUUAAAUUAUUACAAAUUGUAACUUAAUAUCUAGUAAUCAAUAAUUUUUACUUAUAGAUAUGGAGAAAUUACCAACUUAAAUUUAGUGCGUGACAAAGACACAGGCAAACCAAAAGGAUUUUGUUUUAUAUGCUAUGAAGACCAAAGAAGUACAGUAUUAGUAGUUGAUAACUUCAACGGUACCCGUGUUCUAGGUCGUAUAUUACGUGUUGAUCAUGUUAAAGAUUAUAAACCUCCAAAAAGCUCUGAACCUAGAAGUAAAAUUAAAUCUGAAAAACUAGAUGAUGAUGAUGAUUUUAAAAUUAAAGCUGAAAUCAAACAAGAAGUAUGUACACCAGAAAUUAAAAGGGAAAUUUGCACCCCAGAAAUCAAACACGAGAUUUGUACUCCAGAAUUUAAACGAGAAGUGUGUACUCCAGAAAUAAUUAGAAGUCCCAAUUAUGAGAGUAUUACAAAAAAAAAAAAAUCCAAAGAUAUAAACAAAAAAAGACGAAGCCGGGAUAGAUCUCAGGAAAAAUAUACACACAACAAACAUCAAAGAGAAAAAUCAAAAGAAAAAGAUAGAAAAAAACAUUACAAAAGUGAAAGAGAUAAAUCUUCUGAGAAGGUAAAAAGUAAUAAGCGACCUAGACGUAGUCCAAGUCAAGAGAAUGAUAUAAGAAAAGAUUCAAAAACAAAAUUAUAUAAAGAGUAUAGUUGUAGAGAUGGAUCAAAAGAAAAAUGUAGAAAACCGGUUGAUGAUAAGGAAAAAGAUUAUAAUAAGAAAAAUAAAAAGAAACAUUUUCACAAAGAUGAUAAAUAUAAAAAAUAAAAACUUUUAUAUUCUCUUUGUAAAUAUAAUGUAAGUUAGAUUAAAAGCAAUAUUCUUAUGAUCUAAUAAUAAUAUCUCAUAACACAUUUUUUUUUGAUUAUUUAAUGUUCUUCAGUGUUGCCUAAACUUUUUGUUUCUUCCAUUGUAGUUUGAAUAAUUAUUGAUUUCCUAUUUGCUUGUGGAGUUGAUGUACAGUUUUCUUCUUUCUUUAAAAUUGGUUUGUUCACAUUAGCUUUUUUAUGCAAGUAAUUUAGUUCAAGAGUAGACUUGAGCAAGUCAACUUUAGGUGGUUGCAAUGAUCCACUUCUAAGAUCACUUUGGGGUUUAGGUAGUAGUUCUUUAUCCAAAGAUGCUAAAGAACCACGAUGGUUAAAUUUUAUCAUUAAACUUAAACGUCUAGCCUCCAAUUCUAUAUCAGUCAAGUCUUCUUUAUUAUUUUCUUCGAUUCCUUUAAGAGAAUCUACUUCUGAUGGUUCUAAAUUUUAGUAACAUUUAGUUAUUUAAGUUUCCUUCCAUUCAUAAUUGUCUAUAAUGUAAACUACUAUUAAUCAAACAAAUUUACCAAAUUUCUCAGUUGUAUUUUGUUUUUCAAACUUGUGAAGCCACAUACAGUGCAAUAGUCCAUAAAUAGUACCACUUAUGAUGCCUAAUAAGCCCAUCAAUCUAAAUGAUUGCCUUGUUCCAUAUGAUCCAAUUAAAAGACCGCCGAAAAAACUUCCACUUCCACGACCUGAUUUAUUUUUUUAUUUUUUAGGUUAAUGAAAAAAGUAUUGACAAAAAAAUAAAACAUUGUUAUUUACCAAGACUAAAAUGGGACAUUCCUGAAACACCUAUAAGUGUUGCUAGAAGAUUUUUGGGUGCAAGUAAAGCACAAUAUGUUGCAGCAGCUACCCACAUUAAAUGAACUGCUAAAGAUUCAAUUGCUUCAAAUGGGAAAACCCACCAUGGAUCUCUGUAAUAACAUAUUUUAUUUUAUUAAAUUAAUAUUUUAUAAAUAUAUAAACAUUAUCUUACUCAAUAAAUGAAUAUCCCAUUAAUCUGGCUGCGUGUGAAAAGAAGGCGAUGACAAUGAUAUUGACAUGACCAAUUUUUUUAGAGAUUUUUUCUGCUCCAUACAAAAAUGGAAUACUACUGAUAGUUGCUACAGACACUGUUAUUCCUGUAGUAUUGAUUAAUAUUUUUUUUUUUCAGUAGAAUAUAUAAAUAUCUGAUUUUAAUAAUUUAUUCGUUUGUUCAUAUUUAUAAUUACCUAAUAAGUAGUUAGGAGCUCCUAAUUCUUUAAGAUAUAAAAAUAGAUAUGAUUCUAUAAAUCCCCAACAAUUUCCAAGUACAAACAAAAAGAAUAUAAAUGCAGUUACAUGAGGCAGUUUUAAUAACCUUAUCAUAUCUUUUAAAAUAUGAUCUGCAGGCAUUUUUAUGCCAACUGGCAUCAUUAAUAAGGUUACCAUUGAUAAAACAAGUAAAAUAUCAUAAGUGUAGAAUGCAGAUGAGUAAUCCGUGUAACCUAAUAUAUAAUUAAAAUAUGCAUUCAAUUUAUCUAUAAAAUUGGUUAAUAAUAAUAAAAUACCCUUUUUUGCACUCAUGCGAUCAAUUAGCCAACCAGUGAGUGGAGAGAAUAAUGCCAUUCCAACAGUCGAAAAUAACCUUUCUCUACCGAAUUGUCCCCCAUACCUUUGUAUUAGACUUAAAGCAAUAGGAUCCAUUACUGUAACUGAUGCAGCUAACAUGGUUGUACCUACAAACCGUAGGCCAAAGUAUAUCCAAAACACUUUCUCGUUUGAAGGUUUAUAUUCAGGUGGACAUCGCUCAGGUCCGCCUGUCCUAUAAAAAUAUAUAUUUAAAUAUAAAAAUCAUUGUACUGUCAAUUAUUACAAACAAAUAUAUCAGUAUAUUAUAUAAUCAAAUCAAUAGAAAAUUAAUAUUAUAAAGCAAAUGAACAAUUUUCUCAAAAUUUAUUUCUAAGUAAUUACAAUAUUAUACAAGGUGGUCCAUUCAAGUAGGUACACACAUUAUCUCAGAAAGUAUUAACUUAUUCCAGGAUUUGUUUUCUAGAAUAUUUAAGAAACAAGCAGCUCUAAAAUUUUAUAAUUAUAUUAUUUUUC